UGGUAGAAGAGCUUCAAAGGUAUUAUGCUUAUCUUCUAAGCAAAAAUCCAUUUUUCUUGAAAACUAUAAACUGGGAACCUGUCUCCGUACUCACCUCCUCUUUCAAGACACCAUUAAUCACAGCUAUUCACCAUGUUUAUCCAGGUAUUAACUUUAUCAAUCAUCUUCUUCCUCACUCUCCCAUUUUUCUUCUUGAGUCUCAUCAAAAGCUCCAGGUCCAAGAAACCAUCAACGCCCAAUGUUUUUCCCAAGCGUUACCCACUAAUCGGUUCUUAUUUCGACAUCAAAUCCAAUCAAAGCAACCGCCUGGAAUGGAUCACAAGGAUCCUUAAGAACUGCCCUUCUGCAACUUACACUCUUCACCACAUCUUGGGUUACCGUCAGAUCUUCACGGCCAACCCCGAUAAUGUCCAGCAUAUACUCAAAACCCGUUUUAAUAAUUACCCAAAAGGUGAGUUCUUCAUUAAUGUUUUCUUUGAUUUUCUCGGCAACGGAAUAUUUAACGCCGAUGGGGAAGCUUGGAAGUUCGAGAGACAGGUUUCGAGUCACGAGUUUAAUACUAGAUCUCUUCGUAAGUUUGUAGAAACCGUCGUUGAUGCUGAGCUUAACGACCGGUUGGUUCCGAUGUUAUCCGGCGCUGUUACCGGCAAGACAGUGCUUGAUUUGCAGGAUGUUCUUCAGAGAUUUGCUUUUGAUAAUAUUUGCAAGAUUGCUUUUGGGUAUGACCCGGAAUGUCUUUUACCGUCUUUGCCGCAAACUGAGUUCGCCGACGCGUUUGAAGAUGCUACUCAUCUGAGUAGUGAACGGUUCCGAGCUCCGAUUACAUUGACUUGGAGAAUCAAACGGGUUUUCAAUGUUGGGUCGGAGAAGAAACUCAAAAUCGCCAUCUCUCAGGUACGUGAUUUCGCUAAGAAGAUCGUGAGGGAAAAGAAACAAGAAUUAGCUACUAAAUCGUCUUUGGACUCGGUUGAUAUUAUAUCGAGGUUUUUAAAUUCCGGUCAUUCCGAUGAGAAUUUCACUACGGAUAUAGUCAUCAGCUUUAUACUCGCCGGUCGGGAUACAACAUCGGCGGCAUUGACAUGGUUCUUCUGGUUAAUACAUAAACACCCUGAAGUUGAAAAGGAAAUCCUUAAAGAAAUUAAAGAGAAAUCGGAAAUGCUGGUUUUUGAAGAAGUUAAAGACAUGGCUUACAUUCACGCUUCCUUGUGUGAGUCUAUGAGAUUGUAUCCUCCGGUCCCGACGGACAGCAAACGUGCGAUGGCAGACGAUGUUUUGCCGGACGGGACGGUGGUGAAGAGAGGGUCGGUUGUGACGUACGCACCUUACGCGAUGGGGAGGAUGGAGAAUAUAUGGGGAUCCGAUUGGGAGGAGUUCAAGCCGGAGAGAUGGUUGCAAAGGGAUGAGGCCGGGAAAUGGAGCUUCGUCGGGAGAGAUCCUUAUACUUAUCCGGUGUUUCAGGCCGGACCCAGGAUUUGUUUAGGAAAGGAGAUGGCGUUCCUGCAGAUGAAAAGGGUGGUUGCCGGAACUUUAAGGCGGUUUAAGGUGGUGCCUGCGGUGGAAGAAGGGUUUCAGCCGGUGUUUGUUGCUUAUAUGACGUCUAAGAUGAAAGGUGGGUUCCCCGUCAAGGUGGAGGAAAGGGGAAAGCUUGAUUAGGUAACCUAGUUAAGAGGUGUGUGAUGUGGAUAUUAUUUAUUUUCAAUAGUUUAAAUUUUAGAAUUUUUAUUUA